AUGGAUUUUAUAGCAUCCACAACAACAUCAAUUCUUCCUGCUUCUAAUUUGGGAAGUCAAUUUCUAUGGGCUUUAAUCCUUGGAAUAGUGCUAGCAUUUGUGCUUGGCUUUGCAAUGGGCGCAAAUGACGUAGCAAAUGCUUUUGGUACAUCAGUUGGUAGUAAAGUGCUUAGUCUACGAAAAGCUUAUAUAUUAGCAAUUAUAUUUGAAUCACUUGGUGCCCUUUUUAUUGGUUACAAUGUGACAGAUACAAUGCGAAAAAGUGUUAUUAAUUUAAAUUUGUAUAAAAAUGCACCAGAAGAAUUAUUAGUUGGUCAGGUAGCAAUUCUUGCAGGAUGUUCCACUUGGCUAUUAAUAGCAACAUUUGCUCAAUUACCUGUUUCAACAACACAUAGUAUUACCGGUGCAACGGUUGGUUUCGGUUUAAUAAUGAAAGGAACGGAAGGAAUUCAUUGGUGGAAAAUUCUUAAUAUUGUAGCUUCCUGGAUUAUUUCACCGCUAUUAUCCGGAAUUGUUUCAUCAGUUCUUUAUAUAAUUGUUGAUUUUACAGUUAUAAGAAGGAAAAAUCCAUUCGAAUGUGGUUUACGAGUUCUACCAUAUUUCUAUUGGUUUUGUAUUGCUUUUAAUACUUUUGCUAUUAGCUUUCAAGGCUCUAAGAUAUUACACCUGGCUAAAUUACCUCUUUGGUUGUGUUUGUUAAUUAGUGCUGCAAUAGCAACCGUUGUUGCAUUUGCUAUUCAUUUUUUAAUGGUACCAAAACUAAGAAAAUGGAUUGAAAAAAAAGAAGGUGGAAGAACUGAUCAAUCUCCUUCAAUUGAUCUUCCUAAUAUUACCGGACAAGUUCCAAUAAAGAUUAAACAUGGAAUUGUGCAAAUCUUCAUUCCGCACAAUAAUGGUUUAUGUUCCGAUGAAGUGAAUAGUAAGGCGGUAAUCGGAAAAAAGCGCUCAGUUUCAGCUCUAAAACAUUUUGUGCAAUGGUUUUUACCGGAUAAAAAACAUCAACCGGAUUCAAGAACUACACUGGUUUUUGGUUCCAUUCAAGCAUUUACUGCAUGUUUUGAAGGUUUUGCUCAUGGUGCAAAUGAUGUUGCAAAUGCAAUAGCACCAUUAGCGGCGCUUUUGUCCAUUUAUGCUGAAAUGGAUGUGCAACAGAACGAUGAAACACCAAUUUGGGUUCUGGCCUAUGGUGUAUUAGCAAUUUGUGUUGGCCUAGUGCUACUUGGACAUAAAGUUAUACGUACGGUUGGCUCCGAAAUGUCAAAUAUUAAUCCGGCUAGUGGUUUUACGAUUGAAUUUGGUGCCGCAGUAACAGCAUUAUUGGCAAGUAAAGCUGGAUUACCAAUUAGUACAACGCAUUGUUUGGUUGGUAGCGUAGUGGCAGUUGGUGUUGUUAAAUCUCGUAGUGCUGGCGUUCGAUGGAGUAUUUUUCGGAAUAUCUUUCUGUCAUGGGUUGUCACCUUACCUGCUUCAGGUAUAGUAGCAGGUGGUUCGAUGCUAUUAAUGAAGUUUUUGUUAUAA